GCCGCUGCUCACAACCAAGAUCAUAGUAGUGCCAUGGGAGAUGGUGGUGCUGCUGUUGGCUUUGGAUAGUCUACGGAGCCACAACCCCAGCGACGGGGUACCAAAGUGCGGUACACUUCUCCUCCGUUCAGCGGGAAAUCGAAAUAUUUCAACGAAUGGCUAAAUGAUUUUCGCAUGUCAGCUAAUGGCGCAAACCUGUUGGAACAAUUUGAAGAGAGCGGGAGCUUGGAGAUCCCCGUCAACAGCGGAAAGAGCAAGUUUUCGCUGUCACAGCAGUACCGGAGCGAGCAAGUAGAGCUCGCAUUCCACGCGUGGAACUUCCUGUCUCACGCGUUGAAAGAAAAAGAUCGGAAAAUCAUGAAGAGGGCAGAGACGCCCCAGGGUGCUCUUUGUGAGCUCAAGACCAUACACGACCCUGAAUCAUCUGUACAGCCGUCAGAGGACCUCAAGUCCCUGACGUCGACCAAGAUCUCUAGAGGUGAAAGCCCCCAAAACACCCUAAAUGAGAUGCUGCAAACCGCAAAGUCCUUAACCGAGAAAAGACUAACUGUCAACGAAACGUUUGUCCUUCACCUCUUCCUGGAUGCCCUCUCGGACGAGUAUGCCAUGACAAAGCACAACGUGCGACACGCGAAGGAGUUGACGCGGAGCGGUGUGCUAAACGAAGUAAUGAUCGAAUACAAGGCGAUCAAGGACAAGCUGGAGCAGGGGAAACGAAAAGGGGCGAAGGGCGCAGAGCAAGCGUACUUCGCCGACGGUGAGGGCCGUAAGGAGCGGUACUCAAGGAGUCAGGGGCAAGGUCGUGGUCGUGGCGGCGGCCGUGGCCCGCAGCAGCAGUCGUGGCCGCGGCGGCGGCGGUCGCGGCGGCCGCUCGGCGGAUCCGGAGGAGUCGAGGAGAGCAAGGGAAGCAGCAGUGGAAGCGUCGAUGGCGGCGGUGGCGGGGACUUCCCCCCACCCACCCCCACUGACCUCAACGAGUACCACCUCGCGCACGGUCAUGCCCACGAGACGUUGCUCAGGAUCACGGCGGAGCAGCAGGAAGUGCAGCUGACGGAUGGACCGCUGCUACCCUGGCUUGGCUGUUCGAUGUCCAAGGGACAGCUGCUACCUCUCGCAGAUGACGAGGAAGGCGGGGAGGGUCAGAGCAGAGCGGGUGCAUCACGCCAAGGUUGGGGGGGGCAGAGAGACUCAGAGAGUGAGUCCGACCUCGACGUGAUGGAGGCUCGUGGGCCAGGGCAAGCGAGGCCAGUUGUGCACGAGGAGGCGCCGACGGCACCCGGCAACGAGAUUCCGGGGGACGGAGGCAGCGUUCCCCAGUCGGCCCCUUCGGGAAGGGGCGACUUCGGCGGAGGCAGUGACAGCUCCACCCNGAGUGAGUCCGACCUCGACGUGAUGGAGGCUCGUGGGCCAGGGCAAGCGAGGCCAGUUGUGCACGAGGAGGCGCCGACGGCACCCGGCAACGAGAUUCCGGGGGACGGAGGCAGCGUUCCCCAGUCGGCCCCUUCGGGAAGGGGCGACUUCGGCGGAGGCAGUGACAGCUCCACCCACAGCAGCAGCAGUGACGCCGGCGGUGCCGGCGGCCCGGGCGGCGAAGAGUCCGGCGACCCAGGUGGGGACGGCGGUAGCGGUGGUGAUCCCGGCGACUCCGAGAACCUCGAGGAGUUGAAGUAUGGUCCAGCCGACGACCGCUACGCCGGCGGGCUAGAAGGGAAGAGACUCCUCUGGGGCGCCUCGAACGCUGGCCCGCUGCGCCAUGGGCUUGAGAGUGGCCACACGCAGAAGCAGACCCCGGAGAUGCAAGGUGCCGGGGAGAUGCCGAGGCGCGGAGAAACACCGGACCCGGAAGAGGCACUGCUGGCGACCAUCCUGGAAACUGGCGGGACGGGGAUUGCUGAGUACUAUAUCUGCAACUCGCUUCUGAAGGAGCAGUGGCACGAGGAGCAGACACGCGGUAUGGAGGAGAUGUACAGACGCGAGAUGCAGGAGGUGUUGGGCCCGGAACAGCAGGCGUUCGGGGCCGAGGUCGACGCCAGCGAGUCUUCGCAACCACUCCCAGACCCACAGCUAAGUAUGACCUCACCAAACGGGCAGAAGCCGAGUGGUGUGGAAGCAGUACCGAUGACGUACAAGGAUGUGAUGUGUUCCAAGUACAAGGCCAUAGGUUCAAAGUGGGUGUUCUCUUGGAAGACGAAUGAGAAGGGCCUGAUAGUCGACUUCAAGGCCCCGUCUAUCAAGACGGUGAUUGCCGUAGUCACUGAAAAGGGCCAGAAACUCGCUCACUGGGAUGUGAAGCAAGCGUACAUCCACGCUAAGCUAAAAGAAGAAAUAUACCUCAGGUUCCCGGAAGGCUGUGGUAGCAUGUCCGGCAAGGUGGUCAAGGUUGAGCGUGCCCUGUAUGGCCUAAAGCAGAGUGGCCGUGAGUGGGGGUUUGAAGCUGCCGAUGCCCUCAUCGAGAAUGGAUACGAGCAGUGCAGGGUUGACCCGUGUGUCUUCCGGAAGGUGGUGGAUGGAGAGGUCGUAGGUCUCAUCGUGAUAGGAGUUGUUCGCUUCCCUCAAAAGAAGUUUCCGGUGAAAGAUCUGGGGGAGUGUACCUGGUACGACGGGUGUGCCAUCGCCAUGGAUGUAGAAAAUGGCAUCACCAAGCUGUCCCAGACAGCAUACAUUGAGAGCAUGCUGAAGCGGUUUGAUGUGACCAGGACCGCGUUCACCCCUGCUGCCACCGAUGCCGACCUAGGGCCGAAGAGAGAUGACGAGCCCGCGGUGGAUAAGUCUGUGAGGGAGGCGACUGGAUGCCUGAUGAGGACUAAGCUGACGAGGCCAGACAUCGCCCUGCCAUACAUUGAGAGCAUGCUGAAGCGGUUUGAUGUGACCAGGACCGCGUUCACCCCUGCUGCCACCGAUGCCGACCUAGGGCCGAAGAGAGAUGACGAGCCCGCGGUGGAUAAGCCUGUGAGGGAGGCGAUCGGAUGCCUGAUGUGGACGAAGCUGACGAGGCCAGACAUCGCCCUGCCUCUGAACAAGCUCCAGAAGAUCGCCCACUCACCCACCGGGAGGAUAUGGAACGCGCUUGUGCGGGUCAUGUCCUACCUGAACUUCACGAAGGACUUCGGGAUCACCUUCGUACGGGGAUCAGGACUUGACCUAAGCGUGUUUGUCGAUGCCCGCUACGCUGACAACGAAGUAGACAGGCGUUCUACGACCUGGCUAGCUGGCGUGAAGGAGGCGUUGCUUGUGCGUGACGUUCUGUCGUUCAUAGCGCCCGAGACGAGUGGGGCGAAGAUCAAGGUCUUUGAGGACAACCAGGGGGCUCUCGCCUUAAUCGAGAACCUGUUCAGCUCAGCGACGAGCAAGCACAUCGACGUGCGGUUCCAUUUCAUUCGCGAGCUAUUCAAGUGGGGCAAGAUCACUGCAGGGUAUGUUCCGACUGGAGAGCAGCACGCCGACAUGCUGACCAAGGUCCUUGGCAGAGAGAAGUUAGAGUACCACCGGAAGGCUCUGAUGAACCUCCCGAUGUAG